UGAUUUAUCUUUUGGUAAGGAAUUGGAUGUUUUAUUACAAACAUCUCCGUUUUUUAUGAAAACACGAAAAUGAGUCCCAUGAGAAUGACGUCAUCUUUAGAAAUAACCAAGAUGGCGUCGUCAGGUGUUUCAGUUGUCGCUACAGACGAUGUUUUACUUCAGGACAAACGAAUGGAUGACACCCAGGGGUUCCACACAGUGAGUCUGGAUGAACACCUGCCCAGCUGUCCUGCCCAUAAGAAGAAGAAGAAGCCGCGGCGUGUGCUCCACUGCAGUGAUGGGAUCUACGAGGAGUUCAGCACAGAUGAGGAGGAUGAGGUGGAUGAGCCUACAGUCGACCCUAAGGACCUGAAAACUCUGACCUGGGGCCCAUACUUGUGGUUUUACACCACCUUCGUUGCAGGCAGAGGACUUGCAGCUUGUGACUUCCUUGGUGAAAAGCUAGCCUGGUUUUUCGGCAUCACCAGUCCCAAGUACCAGUAUGCUAUAGACGAGUAUGAAAGAAUGCAGAGACAGGACAAAGAGGAGCAAGAGGAAGCAGAGAGGGAGGCAGAGGCUGAGAGACAGAGAGCCAAUCAGCAGGCAGCUGAGCAGGUGAAUGACAUGGAGGGCGGAGCUACAGCUACUAAAGCUGAGCAAGUGGAGUGUUAGUUAUAAAGAAUCCUCCUAUAGAAUUACAGUGUAAAUCAUGAAAUAUUCGCAGUGGUUUUGUGUUUGUGUUUGUGACCUCUCAUCGAAACUGACUCAUCACAUGGCAAACUUGUUGUCAUGUUACCUCGGUUUUGUCAACCACAAACUCAAAGACACUGGGAACUCUUGAUUUUCACCGUCCCGCAUUAUUUACGUGCUGCAACCUUUCGUGAACUUACAGAACAAAGAAGCACAUGGAGCUGUGAAACUCUCUUCUGAUAAGAAUAAAAAGUGUAAAUAUGAGAGUUGAGUUAACAGCGCACACUGCACAAUCUCUGUAUAUGAAUUUUGGUAUGCUUAACUUACUCUCUUGAGAUAAAUAUUUUGAAUUUUUUUAUUGUUGAAAUACAAAUGGAAUGUGAGGCUGUGUAAAUAAAAUCAUGUUUAUAUGUCAUUGUUACAGAUAAUUGUAAGGAGAAUUUAGUGUUAGGCGAUCAUCUGUCAUUUUGCACGUUUAUAUGUACUAUUCCAGCACGGACAUCUGAUUGUUACCAGUUAGCACAAAUCACACUCUUACGCAUAGAACUAUUAUCCUGAGUACAUAACGUAUUUCUGUGAUAACUAUUGAUAGGUAUGGUACAGAAAUAUUGGGUGCCUUGUCCAAACUGACCUUAACACAAUUGUGUAGUGUUUGACUCAUGGCUCAACUUUAUAAAUUGUAGACUUGUAGUCUAGUUUACAUUGUAAGACAAUCUUGAUUUGAUUUAGUCAGAAUUCAAAUUGAUAUAUACAGUAUGAUUGAUUUUUGAGUAUACAAUUUUACUAUAAAGAUCAAAAAGAUAUGUUUCAAACAUGUAAAAUAGAAUGCAAAGAUUUAUUUUGUUUGGUCAGAAGUAUAGAAAGUGUGUUUUUAUUGUAGUUUAUAGAAAUUGUUUCUGUUAUUUAACCUAGCAUUAAUGCAAGCUUCCUUAUAGGAUGAGGCAUUAAGUAUGACAUACUAUAUGCCAGAAUUGGUUUCUGAAGAAGAGCAAGUUUUUUUGUAUACAUAUGAAUGUGUUUGUAUUAGAUG